CGCCUCCAUUGCCCGCGUUCACCGCUCCUUUGAAGCCCUAUCUAGAGCCCGUUAAUCAGAAGAAAAGGAUCGCAAGAUGCCCAUUCAAGACCGCACGAACGAGUUUCGCUCCUGCGUCGAGAGCAUUCGCACGCGCUCGUCACUUCCCCCAGCGCGCCAGCGCCUCCUCAAUGGCAAGCAACAAGGCGGGAAAAGCGAAUUCGCACGCAUGGCCAGUGCGAUUGGGAAGGACAUUAGUAGCACGUCACUUAAGCUGGGGAAGCUUGCCCAGCUCGCUAAACGGAAGACGUUGUUCGACGACCGACCAGUCGAGAUCAGCGAAUUGACAUUCAUCAUCAAGCAGGACAUAGCGAACAUCAACAAGCAAAUUGCGGCGCUGCAGUCCUACGUUAAGCAGCACAACUCCCAUGGCCGCGCGAAGCAGGUCGAUGAGCACAACAACAAUGUUGUCAUGCUUCUGCAGAGCAAGCUUGCAAACACCAGCAUGACAUUCAAGGACGUACUGGAGAUCCGAACUCAAAACAUGAAGGAGUCCAAGGACCGGACAGAGCAGUUCAUGUAUUCCGCGUCCACGUCAGCUUCCUCAACGUCCGGUUCCAGUUCACUAUUGUAUCAGUCGCACCGGGCGGACCCGAUGGGCGACGGGAGCGCCAGUCGCUUCGACUCGAAGGGGAAGGGACGCGCGCAUCAUAACGGUGACCUGCUCGCGCUUGACCUUGACGCUGCCGAAGAGGGUCUAGGCGGCCACAACGGUGGUGCCUUCCAGCAGAUGCAACUGGUCGAGCAGCAGGACUCAUACAUCCAGCAACGGUCAACCGCAAUAGAAUCCAUCGAGUCGACUAUCGCCGAACUUGGUCAGAUCUUCACUCAGCUCGCCACUAUGGUCGCCGAGCAGCGCGAAACGGUGCAGCGCAUCGACGCCGACACGAUGGACAUCGCGAGCAACGUCAGCGGCGCACAACGAGAGCUGCUCAAGUACUACGCAAGCAUAUCGAGCAACCGCUGGCUCAUGCUCAAGAUUUUCGGCGUCCUGAUCGUCUUCUUCCUGCUUUUUAUUCUCGUGACAUAGCAGCUGGACCUGCGUCCCCUACUACCCACCUCUCGCGAUACCUACCUUCACAGACGGACUACUUUAUCACUUAUGCACAUUAUGCGCGUGUUGCAUGCAUGCCUAGCCUAAUGGUAUCCAUCUUUUA